CACCUACUGGCACGCCUCAGCUGCAGGAGUUGUUUAGUAGUCUGGUAUAAAAUCUGUUUGUAAAACUUGCCCGUCGUGAUUCCAAAAUGGGAAAGCUGGUCUUCAUGUCGGUUUUAAUAGCUGCCUUAUCAGCACUGAUUGGAGACAGGAUCGUCAACUUAAGGAAAAGGACCCUGGCCACCAGAGAGCUGGUCCAGAGUCACCUCCCCAACUGUGUUGAACUCAAAAAUCUGGAAAAUGGCUCAGAGGACAUAACGAUCCUUGGAAACGGACUUGCCUUUAUCAGCAGUGGUCUGAAGUAUCCUGGAAUGCCGGUCCCUGAUGCAAAAGGAAAGAUUUUCACCCUCGAUUUGAAAGAUUCUCGGAUGAAACCAGUGGAGUUGCGCAUGCCAAGAAACUUUGAUCUGGAGUCAUUCAACCCUCAUGGCAUCAGCGUAUACACCGACCCAAGUGAUGACACAGUAUACCUGUUUGUCGUCAAUCACCCUGAACACAAAAGCCAAGUAGAGCUGUUCAAAUAUGUUGAGGAUGACCACUCCCUGGAGCAUCUGAAAACCAUAAAACAUGAGCUUCUUCACAGUGUAAACGAUCUUGUUGCAGUGGGAGUGGAUAGCUUCUAUGCCACCAAUGAUCACUACUUUACCCAUGAAAUCCUUAAUUAUUUGGAGUCUCUUCUGGCUCAGCCUUGGACUAAUGUUGUGUACUACAGUCCUGAGGAAGUGACAGUGGUCUCUGAGGGGUAUUACUUUGCAAAUGGCAUUAAUAUCUCACCAGACGGAAGGCACAUAUAUGUGGCAGAUGUGUUUGACCACAAGGUACAUGUGCUUGAGCAGAAAGAAGACAAUGCGUUAGUCUCUGUGAAGUCUGUGGCUGUGGGUUCACUCUGUGACAACAUUGAAGUGGAUGCUGAAACUGGAGACCUGUGGUUGGGCUGUCACCCUAAUGCAUGGAAACUUUUAAUGUAUGACCCAAAGAGCCCAGCUGGAUCAGAGGUCAUCAAAAUCCAGAACAUUCAUUCUGAUGAGCCAGUGGUGACUCAGGUGUACGCUGACGACGGCCAGGUGCUCAUUGGCUCCUCUGUAGCAGCUCCCUAUGGGGGGAAGUUGCUCAUUGGCACUGUGUUCCACAAAGCUCUGUGCUGUGAUCUCAAUUAGGCAAUGACUCUAUAACAUAUG